AAGAAUUAUCUCGAGUUUCUCAAAGCGGCUGUGUUGAGUUCGGUCUUGCCACGACAAAGUAAUGAAUUGUCAAGAGGGGGUCAACCAUGGAGGGAGUUCUCUAUAAAUGGACCAACUAUAUUAGUGGUUGGCAGCCACGUUGGUUCGUUCUUGAGGGAGGGACUCUUUCCUAUUAUGACUCUCAAGAAGAUGCUUGGAAAGGAUGCAAAGGGAGCAUUAAAAUAUCUGUGUGUGAAAUACAAGUUCACCCAUCAGAUUUCACGAGGGUUGAUCUGAUCAUUCCAGGAGAACAAUACUUUUAUCUCAGGGCAAUUAAUGCAGCAGAAAGGCAGAAAUGGCUUGUGGCAUUAGGGACUGCGAAAGCCUGUCUCACAGACAACCGAACCAAGAGAGAGAAGGAGCUCCAGGAAAACUCGGAGGCUCUGAAAACAAAAAUGUCAGAGCUGAGGCUUUACUGUGAUCUUCUUCUUCAGCAAGUGAACAAAAUACAAGAAAGCCCUCUAGCAGAGACGUCAGCUGGUUCUGGCGAGGGAGGGGACGAGACUGGAAAUCUAGUGAAGUCCACAUGCACCACCUUCUUGAAGACUCUGGAGGAGUGUAUGCACAUUGCUAGUCGGACCUUCAAUCCAGACCUUCUCAGUCGAACCCCUCCAGGCUCUCCUUCUGUAGCUACCAUCAAACCUCAGAAAAUCAAAUCUAACGAUCCCAAAAAUCUGCAUCCAGGAGAAACACGAAAAGACUUGAUAAACACCUCAGGAACAUCAGCACAUGAGAGUGGACCAGAUAAUGAACCACCUCCAUCUCCUCAAGAAAACAUAUCGACUGCUCAUACAGAAAGUGGUUUAAUGGAGGACCAAAAUGAUCUCAUUGAGCCUAAUAAUGGCUCUUCAUCAAGCACACAGGACCAUGAAGAACCUGUUGAAGAGCAACAGAAGGACGGAUCGACAGAAGAUGCAGACCACAGCCAAGAAGAACAACAGGAAGUCUCCAUGAGCCCAACACAGAACAAGCAAGAAGUCCAAGAAGACAUCCAGACUGACCUGGAGUUGAAUGAAACCCAAUCAGAGAACAAACAGGAAGAGGAAGAUGAAGAUAAGGUGGACACAUUCUUCAGUACCAUGAGCCACAGAUUUAGUGAUAUAAUACUGGAGGAGGACAGUGGUAUUCCCACACAGGCCUUUUUGGAUUCUUGCUAUGCUAUAGUACCAGUUUUAGACAAGCUUGGACCAACUGUCUUUGCUCCAGUUAAAAUAGAUUUUGUUGGAAACAUUAAGAAAAUUCAGCAGAAGGUGGUGUCAGAUCCGGAGAGUUUUCCCACCUUACAGAGCAUUGUGCUGCAUGAGGUGAAAACGGAAGUGGCGCAGGUGCGAAACUCGGCCACAGAGGCGCUCCUGUGGCUCAAACGUGGACUCAAGUUUCUCAAAGAAUUCCUCUAUGAAAUCAACACAGGGGUCAAGGACGUCCAAGGAGCUCUUUAUAAUGCAUAUGGAAAAACACUACGGCAGUAUCAUGGAUGGGUUGUUCGAGGUGUUUUUGCAUUGGCUCUAAGAGCUGCGCCUUCCUACGAGGGCUUCAUGGCCGCCCUGGUUUCUUAUGAAGGCGAUGAGCUGAAGGAGGGCUUUAGGACCGGCAUGCAUCGAGACCUGGACAUCUACCUGCCAGCUAUGGAGAACCAGCUCUCCAUCCUGGACACUCUCUAUGAAGAAUACGGCUUGGAAUCAGAUGAGAUUGUGUGACCAAUACCAAACCCACAGUGGUAAAAAUCCUGCUUCUGAUGGAGCUCAGCGGUUUCAGGAGUUUAAUCUCUCUGGUGUAACCGAAAAAAUGAAGUUAGUGUUAAAGGCCAUGAGGUUUCUGUAAGGGAUGUCCAGUUGGAUUGUGUCCGAAAACAUGGCAUCAGUAACAGUCAUUCCUGCAGAAUUUGAGUAGCCACAUCAAACAAAUAAUAAUAGAUGGAGCGCUUUGAUUCCAAGUGUUUUCAGGGAGCAGCAGUUUUUUUUUUCUUCUUUUCUAGAAACCUUCAAAUGUUUUGUUGACACUGGUUGUAGGUCUUUUCUUAAGCGUGUAUGCGUCAGAAGUCCAAAUGGCAGAUAUGGUAAAGAUUUUGUUUAGCUGGCAGUGAAGGUGUUAGUCGCAGUUUCUUUAUUCACAGUAAAAGUGCAAGAGUGCUUCAUAUUACGUUUCUUUAGAUGUUCACGUUUCAUUCAUUUUAGGCCAGCACAAAAUGGAGGCAUGCAGAGGCUUUUGGGAAUCACAAAACAAGUGAUUCAUA